AUGAUGAAAUUCUGGCUCAUCGUUUGCCUCAUUGGAACAGCAACGGAUGCAGCAUACUUCUCUCAGCAGCCAGAAGAUAGGACAGUAGUGGUGGGUCAGUCGGUGACUCUCCCAUGUGUCAUCGUUGGCUAUGAAGGCAUGGUGCAGUGGACCAAAGAUGGGCUUGCCCUCGGUGGAGAGAGAGAUCUGCCUGGUUGGAGAAGAUAUUCCCUGGCAGGUGACCAAUCGCUAGGAGAGCACAGCUUGUUAAUUCAUUCAACCGAGUUGACAGACGAUGCCGUCUACGAGUGUCAAGCCACACAAGCAGGAAUACGAUCUCAGCAAGCAAGACUGACCAUCUUAGUCCCACCAGAAGAACCAUUGGUGGAGGGAGCACCGUUACUCCGACUAAGAGCCCACAGUCCGUACAAUCUUACUUGCCAGGCCAGGGGGGGCAAACCUGCUGCCGAAAUCAUAUGGUAUCGGGAUGGAGAGAUCCAGCACACCUCUUUCUACACCAAGACCCUAAUGGAUGACGGCAAGAGAGAAAUUUCGGUGAGUCUACUGCCCAUUGUACCUCAAGACGCGGAUUCUGGACGCACAUACACCUGUCGUGUGCUAAACGCUGCAGCUCCUGCUGGAAGGCAGACUUCAGUCACAUUAAGUGUUCAGCACCCACCAUCUGUGAGAUUAUCUGUUCAACCCCAGACGGUCUUGGAGGGAUCGAAAGUUACAUUCAUCUGUUCAGGAUCUGCUUAUCCUGAGAUCACAGGCUACAGAUGGUCCAAAGGCGGCAUUCCCAUUUCUGAGGCCAAUGGGGACAGCCUGGAGGUGACAGUGGACCACUCCUUUUUUACUGAUCCCGUAUCCUGUGAAGUGUCCAAUGCUGUGGGCAGCACAACCGUCAGCACUUUGGUGGAUGUCCACUUUGGUCCCAGGCUCCUCUCGGUGCCUAAACCCAUGACCGUGGACAUCGGAAUGGAAGCCUCUUUCACAUGCUCUUGGAUUGGAAAUCCACCUCUCACAAUCGCAUGGACCAAGCAAGGUUCUAGUGUGGUCCUUAGCCAUGGCAAUACUUUGCAGUUGAAGUCGGUCACUCUGGAAGACGAAGGAACGUACACAUGCAAGGCCAUCGUGCCUCAUAUUGGGGUGGCCGAAACAGACGUCAUCCUAUCUGUAAAUGGUCCACCUAUCAUCAUGGCUGAUUCUACGCAGCAUGCAGUGAGGCACGCGAGGGGCAAGCUGGAGUGCCUGGUUAGGAACAGUCCACCACCUGAGAGAAUCGUAUGGACAUUUGGAGAUUUGAGUAUGGAGUCUGGUGCCUUUGGCCGGUUCUCAAUACAGACCUCAGACAGGCCUAGUGGAGUGCUCUCCACACUGGUGCUGUCAGAGACUCUGGAAACCGAUUUUGAAAUGCACUACAAUUGUACAGCCUGGAACCGCUUUGGCAUGGACACAACAGUGGUCACUCUUAAGGAAAAAGACACCCUGUCCAUGGCCGUCAUCAUCGGGGCUCUAGUUGGUGGGAGCUGCGUUGUCCUGGUCUGCUGUGUCAUUUUUCUCUCUGUUUGCUGCAGACACUCAGCCAAAGGCCAUAUGAGUUCGCAGUUUGCCAACUGUGAUUUCCGAGUUCAGAUAACACACGACAACAAUAUACAAGUGAACAAUGUAAGCGAGCCCAUGGCUCCGUUCAACUGUGAAUCUGCAAGGACGUCUCACACUGAUUUACUAGAUGAAGAUGAUGACAGAUUUGAUGUCAAGGAGCCCAUGGAUGGUUUUUACAACAUCCAGGACCACAAUGACAUCAGAGCACAGAACAGCGGCUUGACCGAGCAGCGCCCCACCUCCACCUCCAUCCUCUCCUCCGCCUUCCUGGCCGCCAGUCCUCACCCCCUCUCACACGCUCAGCAAGACGCCUUCUCCUCCUACUCUCCUCAGUGCGCUAUCACAGUGGGCAUGCUGCAAAAUCGCAGUCCGGUGUCUGGUGGUGGCGGCGGCGGGGUGGGGGUGCAGGAGACGACGACGCCUCCGCAGAAGAAGAAAGUGUCCAGCGUGCGUCUCACCGACCCCAUUUGCGCUGCCGGCUCGACGUUUCUUCACGCAUCGUACGGACGAGCCUUCAUCAGCUACAUGAAGCACAACAUUUCAUGCGAGAAAACGACGGACACCUGCAAACAGGCGGAUCACCAGGCCACCGGUCAGGUUUCUGGCCCCUCCCCUUCCUUACACCACACUUGUGCAUCGUCUUCUCAUGUCAAUCUACAGCCUUCUAAAAACAGUAAACCCUGUCAACUGCACCAGCGCAUGCAAACACAUGUUUGAAAAAAAACUCUGUUCAGAGAAAGUACAGCACUGAUUUCUCUUGCCUAUAAUGGGUCUCAUGCAUGAAAUCUGCUUGUAAAGUUCGACAUUAGGCCGCGAUCACACUGGACGCGAAUUUUACAGUAAGAGGCGGAUUUGUUCUAUUGUUUAUGAAUGAAAAUGAGCGUAUUCCGCGCUGAAUAUCAGUGUAAGGCGGAUUUCGGAUUUUUUCCCCUCUCUGCAGCGGGCGGAAUGAGUAGAAAAAAGUUCAACUCAAGGCGGAAAAUCCGCUCCACGUCACCUGCAGAUAUCCAGAUAUCCUAUUAUGACACAUUCGCAUCAGAUUCACGGUCCAACUUCAGGAGAGCAAGAGAGCUUGUCUUCUAUCCAUUUUAUAUAGGUGAAUUUACAAAGAGCUUUGUGUAUGUUUUCACAACACUCAAAUAACACAAUACCAUAAAUUACGUUGAGAGGGACAGCUCAGCCAUUACGUUGCCUGGUCACCGCAUUCGAACCUGUGCAGCGGAUCCACGUUUGGUCUGAUCAAAUCAGCUGGACGCUCAACGCAAAUUGUAAGCAGAAAUCCACGUCCGGUGUGAUCACGGCUUUAAUCAAUACCAUUCUAAAUACCUGCUGAUUUGGUUAUGAGCAACAUGCAUGAUAUAUACAGUAUUUUCAUGAAUCCUAGUCAGAUGCUGUUUGAAAAAGCAAUCCUUCUUGUACGCAUUUACCGUAACAUACAGUAAAUCUACAUUCAUGGGCCAUAACGAAAAGAACGUUUUUUUAUAUUUUGGCCAAUGGACACAGUGCAAGUGAAAAAACAAGAUUUUUUUGAAGGUUUUGGUGAGAUGGGGCUGCGGAAAAUGUUUUAUGGUGUGAAAGCAUUUUUUCAAAAAUGGUGCAUUUUAACAAGAUUGGCUGGCUGCAUGUACUGGAAUUUACAUACUGGACUAAUUUACAACAUGCAACGUACACUUUGUUACUGACAUCCUUAAGGGGAGUAAAGGACGACAUGGAUAGUCCCCUGGAUCUACAAAACAAAAACAAUAACAACAACAAAA